CCUCCGCCGCUGCGGGAGACUGAGGCGGCUCUGCGGACGAAGCUCCUCUGUCGCCUUCCUCCUCCCGCGAGUGCCCAGGCGGCUCCUGGUGGCGACGCUGCCCAGGGUGGGAGGCGCGGCCCCGUGGCGGCGGAGCCCUUGGCGCGGAGCAGCCAGCUCUCCCGCCCGCGCGGCGCCGUGACAGGUGCAGGGUCCCCUCCCGAGACCCACCUGCAGGGGCUGUCGUGAUGCCCACCAUGAGGAGAACAGUGUCGGAGAUCCGCUCUCGUGCGGAAGGUUAUGAGAAGACAGAUGAUGUUUCAGAGAAGACCUCGCUGGCUGAUCAGGAGGAAGUAAGAACCAUAUUCAUCAACCAGCCUCAGCUGACAAAAUUCUGCAACAAUCACGUCAGUACUGCAAAAUACAACGUGAUCACAUUCCUUCCAAGAUUCCUCUACUCUCAGUUCAGAAGAGCAGCGAAUUCGUUCUUUCUCUUUAUUGCCCUGCUCCAGCAAAUACCCGACGUGUCACCAACAGGUCGUUACACAACACUGGUUCCUCUCUUAUUUAUUUUAGCUGUGGCAGCUAUCAAAGAGAUAAUAGAAGAUAUUAAACGGCACAAAGCUGAUAAUGCUGUGAACAAGAAACAGACACAAGUUUUGAGAAAUGGUGCUUGGGAAAUUGUUCACUGGGAAAAGGUGGCAGUGGGGGAAAUAGUGAGAGUGGCCAAUGGGGAGCACCUCCCAGCAGAUCUCAUCAGUCUGUCCUCCAGUGAGCCCCAGGCCAUGUGCUACAUCGAGACAUCCAACUUAGAUGGUGAAACCAACUUGAAAAUUAGACAGGGCUUACCAGCAACAUCAGACAUCAAAGACAUUGACAGUUUGAUGAGAAUUUCCGGCAGAAUCGAGUGUGAAAGCCCAAACCGACAUCUCUAUGAUUUUGUUGGGAACAUAAGGCUGGACGGACAUGGCACUGUCCCCCUGGGAGCAGACCAGAUUCUUCUUCGAGGUGCUCAGUUAAGAAAUACUCAGUGGGUCCAUGGGAUAGUCGUCUACACUGGACAUGACACCAAGCUGAUGCAGAAUUCCACAAGCCCGCCACUUAAGCUCUCCAAUGUGGAACGGAUUACAAAUGUACAGAUUCUGAUUUUAUUUUGCAUCUUAAUCGCCAUGUCUCUUAUCUGUUCUGUGGGCUCGGCCAUUUGGAAUCGAAGGCACUCCGGGAAAGACUGGUACCUCCAUCUACACUAUGGUGGCGCUAGUAAUUUCGGGCUGAACUUCUUGACUUUCAUUAUCCUUUUCAACAACCUCAUUCCCAUCAGCUUGUUGGUUACAUUAGAAGUGGUAAAAUUUACCCAGGCAUACUUCAUAAAUUGGGAUCUUGACAUGCACUAUGAACCCACAGACACUGCGGCAAUGGCCCGGACAUCUAAUCUGAAUGAGGAACUCGGCCAGGUUAAAUACAUAUUUUCCGACAAAACUGGGACCCUGACGUGCAACGUGAUGCAGUUUAAGAAGUGCACCAUCGCGGGCGUGGCUUAUGGGCAGAACUCGCAGUUUGGAGAUGAAAAGACAUUUAAUGACUCCUCACUGCUGGAGAAUCUCCAGAAUAACCACCCGACCGCACCUAUCAUUUGUGAAUUUCUCACAAUGAUGGCAGUCUGCCACACAGCUGUACCAGAGAGAGAAGGCGAGAAGAUCUUUUACCAGGCAGCAUCUCCAGAUGAGGGAGCACUGGUCAGAGCAGCCAAGCAGCUGAAUUUUGUCUUCACUGGAAGAACUCCUGACUCGGUCAUCAUAGAUUCACUGGGGCAGGAAGAAAGAUAUGAAUUGCUCAAUGUCCUAGAGUUCACCAGCGCUAGGAAGAGAAUGUCGGUGGUGGUUCGCACUCCCUCCGGGAAGCUACGGCUUUACUGCAAAGGCGCUGACACAGUAAUUUAUGAACGACUUGCAGAGACUUCAAAGUACAAAGAAAUCACCCUAAAACAUUUAGAACAGUUUGCUACGGAAGGGCUGAGGACUCUGUGUUUUGCUGUGGCUGAGAUUUCCGAGAGUGACUUCGAGGAGUGGCGGGCUGUCUACCAGCGAGCAUCCACAUCGGUGCAGAACAGGCUGCUGAAGCUGGAGGAGAGCUAUGAGCUGAUUGAGAAGAAUCUUCAGCUACUUGGAGCUACAGCCAUCGAGGAUAAAUUACAAGACCAGGUGCCUGAAACUAUAGAAACUCUCAUGAAAGCUGACAUCAAAAUAUGGAUCCUGACUGGGGACAAGCAAGAAACUGCCAUCAAUAUUGGACACUCCUGCAGACUUCUGAAGAAGAACAUGGGGAUGAUUGUUAUAAAUGAAGGCUCCCUUGAUGGAACCAGGGAAACUCUCAGUCGGCACUGCACCACUCUUGGGGAUGCCCUUCGGAAGGAAAACGAUUUUGCUCUUAUCAUUGACGGGAAGACCCUCAAAUACGCCCUAACCUUCGGAGUGCGGCAAUAUUUCCUGGACUUAGCUCUGUCCUGCAAAGCCGUCAUUUGCUGCAGGGUUUCUCCUCUUCAGAAGUCCGAGGUUGUUGAGAUGGUUAAGAAACAAGUCAAAGUCAUCACACUUGCGAUUGGAGAUGGCGCCAAUGACGUCAGCAUGAUACAGACGGCCCACGUGGGGGUUGGGAUAAGCGGCAAUGAAGGUUUGCAGGCAGCCAACUCUUCGGAUUACUCCAUAGCUCAGUUCAAAUAUCUGAAGAAUUUGCUGAUGGUUCACGGUGCCUGGAAUUACAACCGAGUCUCCAAGUGCAUCCUGUACUGCUUCUACAAGAACAUUGUGCUCUACAUCAUCGAGAUCUGGUUUGCCUUUGUCAAUGGCUUUUCUGGACAGAUCCUCUUUGAGAGAUGGUGCAUAGGACUUUAUAAUGUGAUGUUUACAGCCAUGCCUCCCUUAACCCUGGGGAUAUUCGAGAGGUCGUGCCGAAAGGAGAACAUGCUGAAGUACCCUGAGCUGUACAAAACAUCUCAGAACGCUCUGGACUUCAACACCAAGGUUUUCUGGGUUCAUUGUUUGAAUGGCCUCUUCCACUCAGUUAUUCUGUUUUGGUUCCCACUCAAAGCCCUUCAGUAUGGCACAGUAUUCGGAAAUGGGAAAACCUCAGAUUACUUGCUGCUGGGAAACUUUGUUUACACUUUUGUAGUGAUAACUGUGUGUUUGAAAGCUGGACUGGAAACCUCAUAUUGGACGUGGUUCAGCCACAUUGCCAUCUGGGGCAGCAUCGCACUGUGGGUGGUGUUCUUUGGAAUCUACUCAUCUCUGUGGCCUUCCGUUCCCAUGGCCCCCGAUAUGUCUGGAGAGGCGGCCAUGCUCUUCAGCUCCGGAGUCUUUUGGAUGGGCUUGCUCUCCAUCCCUGUGGCGUCCUUGCUUCUGGAUGUGCUCUGCAAAGUUAUCAAGAGGACAGCUUUCAAAACGUUAGUGGAUGAAGUUCAGGAGCUCGAGGCAAAAUCUCAAGACCCCGGGGCAGUCGUACUUGGAAAAAGCCUCACGGAGAGGGCCCAGCUGCUCAAGAAUGUCUUUAAGAAGAACCACGUCAAUCUGUACCGCUCUGAGUCCCUGCAACAGAACCUGCUCCACGGCUACGCUUUCUCUCAAGAUGAAAACGGCAUUGUCUCCCAGUCGGAAGUGAUUAGAGCCUACGAUACCACGAAGCAGAGGCCUGAUGAGUGGUGAUAAGGAGGCCCCAGCCACAGGCUCUGCUGUGUCUCUGAGGAGAGCCGCCACAAUCUAAGGUCAUCACUACAACCUGCUGACCAAUCCCAGUCUGCUCCCCGGGGAGGAAACGUGGAUCUGAGCUCAUCUCACAGCCGGACUUCAUGGACACGUACUAUGCGACUCUAGCACCACCGCCCUCAGAAGUUCUCAAGUCCCCACUAAGGCUUUCUAAACCAGAAAUGACCUUGUGUCUUUGCCCGAGGGCUUUCUCAAACCGGGGACAGGUCAGUGUUCACAAGCUGUCCCUCUGGGGCUGUAACUAUCAGUUCAUUGGCUCAGCCAGCAGUCAAUCAACCAUUUUAAAAAAACAACUCUGAACCGGUGUUAAGGGGAGGUCUCUUGAUAUCCAGACUUCGAUUUCAGGCUAUGCUGAAACAAACCAGCAUUCUUGAUUCGCUCUUCUGAACACUUCUGAACCAGGCAUUAAUAAGUGUUUGUGUCAAAAAGUGUCUUGCUAAGUGUUUGCCAAAGACGUUCGGUGUGUGUGUUUCUCACUCAGUAGUCAACUGCCCAGAAAUCUAAAAGGAAGUUUCCUCGCAGCAUGUACGAUCUGCAUGCUUGACUUUUCAAAUGUGAGCGCGAUUUGCAAAAAUUGAACAUUUCCAGGCAUUUGCUACUAAAAUCUGUGAUGUUGCACCUUUGGCCUUACAACUGCUUCUCUGUCGAUUGUCUCUGUAUUUGUUCCAGGUGGAGGGACCUAUGUCCCUGUGACCCUUGUUACAACACUGGUAUUUUUUUUUUAAACUGUAUUGUCUGUCAUUUCUGAUGAACUUUAGACUCCUUUAGAUGUUCCUAAAAAUCUGGCUUCCGCUGUGUGUUGAAUGAUGUCACUUCGUCUUCAAUUUUUUUCCCCUCCUAAGAAACUUAUGCUUACAUGUUUCUCUGGGAUUUCCCAAACUUCUGUUUCGACGUCUGGGAUAAUCCAGCUGAUGAUGCAUGGGCUUCUUGUCAUGUGCGUAGGGCUCGGCUUUCGUCCUGUGUUCUGUUUGUCCUCACCGUGUGUUCCCACUGGAGAUGGGAUGUCUAACAGAGUUGGUGUGACCGCAGCUACCCAUAUGCUUAAGCAUGAAAAUUAUUUCGCAGUUCACUGGGCCAGCAGUUCCCGACAUGAGUCACGCUCCGCUUAUUGACCCGAGACAGAUAAGUAGCGUAUUUGCCUGGUGUUAAGGAAACACCUAUUCCACUCCGGGAAACCGUCCAGUCCGUGACUACUUCUCACCGCGAACAGGGCUUGCUGGUGCACUUUCAAAUAGAUGUCCACGCACAUUUGUCUUGGCAUUUCCAUGAAAUCUCCUGACAAAUGCCUAUUUUGCUACCAACAAUAAAAGGUGAAGGGGCUGUUUAAAAACCACACCCAGUUUUCUACAGUUUUUACAGUAUUUUUUUCAUCUUCAGAGAUAAAGGGAGUUCUAGUUUUCAGAUACACUUCAGAGAUCGAAACAAACUCUUCUGCCUUUUAUUCAAAAGCCUGUUUGCCUUUAAGUGGGUUACCAGCAAAAUAGAGACUUUGAAACGUGUACGAGGGCUGGCUCUGAGGAGAGGGAUUCUCCAAAUUAC